AAGCUGUUGGCUUCCAACGCAGGUGUGCGUCGAAAUCCAAUGACGUCAUCGGCAGAAUCUUCGCUGCACUCAUCAUUUGGUUGUUGGUUGUAGAGCUCUCAUCAAGCUCCAACAUCAUCUAAAGAGUGCCCUGUUGCCCCACUACAGCUCCUAGCUCUUGUUGACUAGCUAGCUAGCUUAUAGCUUGAACCAUUGAGGCAGAUUAAUUUGCCUGAUUUUGUGUUGGACAGAGACGGAAGAAGAGAGAAGCAACUCGAGAUGGACGUCCUCUUGAGAAGAAUCCCUUUUGCUCGACACGGCUUAUCGUCGUCAUUAUUUGCUCCGGGAUCCAGAAACAUGUCGUCUUCGACGCCAUCAUCCGUCGGUCGCAUGGCUAGCAGACGAUUGUACCGUAUCUUGCAACGCCAAUGUUUGGAUCUUCGAAAGACGCUACCACAGCAUCCUUCGGGUGAAACCAUGUUCUUGCUCCAACCUCCUCUGAACCCUUUGCAGUCGGGUAGUCACCGAAUUCUAUCCGUCAAGACUGCUUCCUCCGAGGGCACUACCGAUGACGGCGUUCGAAAUUUGCUGGUUUUGUUUCGAGACUGGAAUGAAGAUGGCGGAGAAGAGGAUGCCUUGGAUUGGUUUCAGUUGUUGUUGGUGGAGCCCCAAGUAGGAUCUUCUUCUACUACAUCCACGACGUCAUUGUAUUCGGAAUUCACCGAUGAGCCGACUAUUUGGACGACCGUUUCCUCGGUGCAAAAAGCCAUUCGCUACGCGUUUCGUCAUGCCAAACUUUCCGCCGCCAAUGAGGCUCAAGAGCGUCAGUUGCUCAACAAGUAUGCCAUUCGAGGUUUGAAAACCUUAAUGGAACAAUCGGAAAUGUGGCGAUUGUCGUCGGUAUCUUAUGAAAAAGAUAUCCGAGUGGUGGCGACCAGCAAGCACGUUGGAAAUAGUCACAUGGGGUCUCGAAGAUUGCGAGGGUCGCCAGGCCUCAAAAAUAGAUUCCACUAUCGGAUCCGUAUCGAGAACCUAUCCGAUCAGAUCACCGUUCAAUUGUUGGGCAGGUAUUGGCACAUUACAGAUAUCAACGACGAAGCAGCAAGCACUGAUGAUGACGAAGAAAUGGAUCCAAUGGUUGUCGACGCGCCAAAUUCUGGUGCAGUCGGCCAGCUCCCAGUGCUACGUCCUGGUGAUGCGUUCGAGUACAUGUCUGGAUGCGAAUUGGUGAAUCCAAGGGGCGAGAUGAAGGGUUUCUUCUUUUUUGCACCUGUUCCUGAGAAUACACCCUCCUCCACAUUGAACACCGCCGUUGAAGCAUUUGGCAGUCCUGAUAGGUUUCAAGUUACGGUGAACCCGUUUCCUCUGGAAGCGGCGGUUGCACAUCACGACCAAGCAGCAGCUAACCAGAGAGGCAAUCAGUUUUGAAAUACAUAGAAUGGCAAAGACAGGUGUUGUGCAUUCACGAAAGAAUGUUCUAACAGCGUAAUUGUGUCGUACACUAGUAGCAAACCCUACAAUUCUGGCAUGAUCAUUGUUAUGUGCUGUCA